AUGUUCUGUCCAUAUAUGCUAUUCAUUGUUCACAAACAUUGUCGUAAAGAUGAGGGCAAACCAGACAUCAGUGAUAAACCGCUGAAAUCCAUUUGCAUCAACAAAAAAGGACAUCCAUUGAGUGAUAGCUUUUGCAACGGUCUGUCCGGUCGGCUACCGAUGGGCGCCGACUGCGACCAUAUCGUUGACAGUCUGGCCAAAGGUAUCAAUCCCUACCCGACGCCCAGUGUUAGUGUCCGUCCGCCACAGCAUUCCGGUCCCAACCAGUCAUCCACUGCCAGACCUAACCCGCAGUCGACCGCAGUUUCCGUAUUAUUGGCGGCGAUUGUGGUGUCGAUAGCCGGAGAUGUCUAUGACUUUUGA